UAAAAACUUCACCAGGAAGUAGAGUCGUGAUGUCAACAGAUACACGGAGACAUCGAGAUGCAGCUGUCUGUGCUUGUUCAUACAAUAAUCAUUUUUUUGUUUGAAUUAAGUUAGUUGAGAUGAGAGGUGUCAGUAUUAAAGUCUUUUCGGUUUUCUUUUUGCUCAUUUCUGUAAAUCUGUGCGUGUCAGAACGAAUUGAGAGGGACAACUCCGUGGACCAGCAUGAGAAAGCAGACAACGAAGAAAUUGUUCAGGAAAACAAUAUUCCUGAAGAAAACAAACACACGUUAAGUAAAAAUGGCAAAGAAGAUGAAAAGGACUCAAACGACGUCCAGAAUGAUGGGCAGUUUGUCAGCAAGUCCAAUGAUACAACUGAAUUCUUCAAUGAAACCUUCCAUUCUACAACUACCAACAAGCCGACUACACCCCCACCCCCAUCCCCCAAGCCUAUUCUUCCUGUGCAAACAGGAGUCAAAGCACAAGAGGAAGAGCAGUCCAGUGGUCUGACCAUCUUCUUUAGCCUACUUGUUAUUGGUAUUUGCAUCAUAUUGGUGCACCUGCUUAUCAAGUUCAAGCUGCAUUUUCUCCCUGAAAGUGUGGCUGUUGUGUCACUUGGGAUUCUGAUGGGAGGCUUCAUUAAGCUCAUUGAGUUCCAUGAACUGGCCAACUGGAAGGAGGAGGAAAUGUUUCGACCCAACAUGUUCUUCCUGCUGAUUUUGCCACCGAUCAUUUUUGAAUCUGGGUACUCAUUGCACAAGGGUAACUUCUUCCAGAACAUCGGUUCCAUCACUCUCUUUGCUGUGAUUGGUACUGCCAUCUCAGCUUUUAUAGUCGGAGGAGGUAUCUAUUUCCUUGGUCAGGUCGAUGUGAUUUAUAAGAUGACUAUGACUGAUAGCUUUGCUUUCGGCUCUCUAAUCUCAGCAGUGGACCCUGUAGCUACUAUUGCCAUAUUCAAUGCUCUCAAUGUGGAUCCCGUCCUCAACAUGCUGGUGUUUGGUGAGAGCAUCCUCAACGAUGCUGUCUCCAUUGUCCUUACCAACACAGCCGAGGGUUUCUUUUCCCGCUCUGACAACUCCACGGUUACGGGCUGGGAGACUUUCAUGCAAGCACUGGGCUAUUUUCUUAAAAUGUUUUUUGGCUCUGCCGCCCUGGGAACCCUCACUGGACUCAUUUCAGCUCUUUUUCUGAAACACUUUGACCUGAGGAAAACCCCGUCGCUGGAAUUUGGCAUGAUGAUCAUUUUUGCAUACCUUCCCUAUGGCCUGGCUGAGGGAAUCAAACUUUCCGGAAUAAUGUCUAUCCUGUUCGCGGGGAUUGUGAUGUCUCACUACACCCAUCACAACCUUUCUCCCGUCACCCAGAUCCUCAUGCAGCAGACGCUGCGCACAGUGGCCUUCAUGUGUGAGACGUGCGUGUUCGCUUUUCUCGGCCUCUCCAUCUUCAGCUUCCCACAUAACUUUGAAAUCUCUUUUGUCAUCUGGUGCAUCGUCCUCGUUCUUCUCGGCCGAGCAGUCAACAUCUUCCCUCUGUCUUUCCUGCUCAACUUUUUCAGAGAUCACAAGAUCACCCCCAAAAUGAUGUUCAUUAUGUGGUUCAGCGGCUUGCGUGGUGCCAUUCCAUAUGCUUUGAGCCUUCAUUUGGGCCUGGAACCCAUUGAGAAGAGGCAGUUAAUCGGCACCACCACCAUCAUCAUUGUGCUCUUUACCAUCCUCAUCCUCGGGGGCGGCACUAUGCCACUCAUCCGCAUCAUGGACAUAGAGGAGAGCCAGUCACGGCGAAAAAGCAAGAAGGACAUCAAUCUCAGCAAGACACAGAAAAUGGGCAACACUAUCGAGUCAGAGCACCUAUCAGAACUUACAGAAGAGGAGUAUGAGGCUCACAUCUACCAGAGACAUGAUCUGAAGGGCUUCUUGUGGCUUGAUGCAAAGUACCUUAACCCCUUCUUCACCCGCAGACUGACCCAAGAGGACCUGCUACAUGGUCGGAUCCAGAUGAAGACCUUGACCAAUAAGUGGUACGAAGAGGUUCGUCAGGGACCGUCAGGGUCUGAGGAUGAUGAGGAUGAAGCAGAGCUUCUGUGAACACUUUCGGCUCAUAUGAAAACAGAAUUGAAUAUUGCAUGUCCUGGGCUCUGGAUGUGUGUGUUUGUAAGAGAAGCACCUUUUUCCACUGUCACUCACACACAGCUGCUAUUUCUUCACUUGCUGCAAACCUACGCACCACAUCCGAUACCUUUGGUGGAUUGUCAUGCAAUUAUUACUAUGAUCCAAGAUCUUUGGGUUGAAACUGGAUCCUAAGGUUGAAACACUGGAUGAAGAAAGACAGACUGUGAAGAAUAAAUACAUUUGCCAUAGCUCUACUUGUUAAAAAAAAAAGACUGGACUUCACUUGACUGCCACGAAAGACCAGUAAACUAAGUAGACUUUUUCCUGUUUUUAGUGUGAAGGUUUAGUCUAAAGGUAAGGGAGGAGAUCUAGCCUCAAUUUACUCUGAUUCCACAGACACGGAAGAAAAAAUACACUAGAGCACCUUUUCAUGUUCUUUCUUUGCAUAUUUUGCUCAUUACUGUAUGGCUAAAGUUAAUUUGUGGUCUUCUUGAAGUUGUAUUCGAUGUUGGGAAGAGUGCGAACACGGUACUGCUCUGGGCUAGAUUUUUAAAAUGGGAUUUGUAAUAGGCUACAGGUUUGCAUUUCUUUCUCUUUAAUUAGAUUUCAUUCUGUCCGUGCCUACAUAUGUGUAUGCUCUAAUGAUGAAGUAGUUAAUUUACUGAAAAAAAUACAUAUUUAUAUAUAUAUAUAUAAAGGAUGAAAUACAGAUUAUAGAUAAGACACAGCUACACCUGAAAGCACUCUGCAAGUGGAAAGUAGUGAACAAUGUUUGGGGGUAACUAAUAAAUUCCAAGAAAUUAAAAUGCUUAGGCUCCAGAAAAUAAUUAUCCGCCUGAAAUUAUUGUAAUAUUAGUUAUGGUCUCUAUGUACUUUCAGCUUCUGGGGAAUUCCUUGCCUUUACACUUUGAGCAUGUCAAAGCCAUGCUCCUAAUCUGAAUUUUUCAGUGGAAAAGAAGGGAGCAAAGCAAUGCUGUGUUUAUGUUUUUCUUUCUUUUUUAUUUAUAUGUUUAUGUGCCAUUUGGAUUUUGUACAUGCUCUGCGAGCACAACCUAAUUAAAAAAAGAACUAUAAUAAAUCAUGUUCACAACCA